GGGCCGGUGACGUCACAUCCUGUGAGCUAGUUAGUAGGUUUCAUUACAGCAGUGACAGAAGACUGGAGACAUCUCUAUCUGCUCUUUCUUCAGUUUCUCCAGAGAUGGACAAAGUGGAAAAAGCGGUGAUGCUGAUAUUACUGCAGAGUUUCUGGAUCUCUUGCACUCAGGGUUUCAAUGUAGGAACUGCAGGAGCUAAAAUCUUCUCAGGUCUUGAAGUAGAAGAGUUCGGUUACACUGUGCAGCAGAUAAGCAACGAUCAAGGGAAAUGGCUGCUGGUGGGUUCUCCCUGGAGCGGAUAUCCUCAGAAUAGAAAAGGAAGUCUCUAUAAAUGUGACAUUAGAGCUUCCAGAAGAGCCACGUGCCAGAAGCUAAACCUUGCGGACUCUGUCCGGAUAGAAGAUGUGCAGAGCAUCAACGUCAACAUGAGUCUGGGCCUGACCCUCACUCCAGGAGCUGAAGCUCACACGCUGGUGACGUGUGGUCCUCUGUGGGCUCAGCAGUGUGGAGCUCAGUAUUUUUACCCAGGAGUCUGUGCUGAAGUGAGCUCAGAGUUCACGCUCCGCUCGUCCUUCUCUCCCGCCGCUCAGGCUUGCGGCGGACCAAUGGAUGUGGCCAUAGUUUUGGACGGAUCAAACAGUAUAUAUCCGUGGAGCGAUGUUAGAAAGUUUCUCAUAAAGCUUUUAGAAAAUCUUGACAUCGGACCAGAUAAAACUCGAGUCAGUAUAAUGCAGUAUUCAGAGGAUUUGUCCUUUAUUUAUCAUUUUAAGUCUAACCAGAAUAAAGACAAAGUUCUUUUGGCAGCUUCUGACAUUGACCAAAAAACUGGAGUAGAAACCAACACUUUCGAAGCACUUGACAACGUCAGACAAACAGCUUUCCUGCCAGAAAACGGAGGCCGUCCCGAUGCCACGAAGGUCUUGGUGGUGGUAACAGACGGAGAAUCUGCUGACGGUCAUAAAGGUCAAGAGGUCAUUGAUAGAUGCAAAAGAGACGGCAUCGUUCGCUUCGGCAUUGCUAUUCUCAAGGAAAGUGCCAAUAUUCAGAAAUUCAUAGAGGAGAUUGAAUUGAUCGCUAGCACGCCGACGGAGAACUACAUGUUCAAUGUGUCGUCGGAGCAAGCGCUGAUCAAUAUCGCAAAAACUCUGGGCGACAGGAUCUUUAACAUUGAAGGCACCAGUCAAGGUCAGGAUUUUCAGCUGGAGAUGUCUCAAGUCGGAUUCAGCGCACACCAGACCGCCAAGAAGGGUUCGAUCAUGCUCGGUGCGGUCGGAGCGUACGGAUGGAGCGGGACCGUCGUUCAUCACACAGCUGGGAAAUCACACAUUAUCCUCAAAAAUGCCUUCGAGAAAAUCCUGGAUGACAGAAACCACAGUUCAUUACUGGGAUACUCGGUGACGUCUGUGAGCGACGGCUCGUCUGAGUUUUUCGUGGCCGGCGCUCCUCGAGCCGUUCACAGAGGACAGGUCGUAGUUUACUCUCUGAACAGCCAGAAUCAGCCGCUCAUCAUAGAUUCACAGAGAGGAGAUCAGAUCGGCUCUUAUUUCGGGAGCGUCCUGUGUCCUGUUGAUGUGGACGCUGACGGAGUGACCGACCUGCUGCUGGUCGGAGCGCCCAUGUACAUGAGCGAGGACAAAUCAGAAACGGGGAGAGUCUACCUCUUCUCCAUCACCAAGGGACUCUUGAGCGGCCGGGGCGGGUUAGAGGGACCGUCUGCUUUGGAGAAUGCUCGGUUUGGGACGGCCAUCGCUGCUGUCCCCGAUCUAAACCUGGACGGCUUCAGCGAGGUGGUGGUUGGUGCUCCGCUGGAAAGCAAUGGCCAGGGUGCCAUUUACAUCUACAACGGAGACAGAAAGACCAUCAGGAAGCAGAGCUCUCAGAAAAUCCUUGGAUCUAAAGUGGGCUCAGCGCUCCGUUUCUUUGGGCGCUCUCUAAGUAGUGCCGGGGAUAUGAACGGAGACUCAAUCCCUGACGUCUCGGUGGGCGGCGCUGGGAAGGCCGUGCAGCUCUGGUCAAGGGGAGUCGCGGCGGUCUCGACAACGGUCUCCUUCAACCCCGAGAAGAUCAGCAUUCUGAGUAAACCUUGCGUGUUUGGAGGAAGGAUGGUGUCGUGUGUCAGCGCCAAAGUCUGUUUCACGUCAGCGUUCAGACCCGUGGUGUUAGCCGGGAGAGUAGAUAUCAAGUACAACCUGAGUCUUGACGCUGACCUGCAGUCCUCCAGAGUCACUUCAAGAGCCCAGUUUGACAACUCAGAGCGUCUGGUCCAGAGGUCCGUCAGCGUCUCUGACAAAGAAAGCUGUGUUGAUCACACUGUCUACGUGCAGGAGACUCCUGAUUUUGUUAGUCCGGUUGCUUUGCGAGUCGACAUCAGUCCACAGAAUCCAGACACGGGUCCAGUCCUCGAUGCCUUUCAGCCCAAAGCAUGGGAGUUUUUUAUCCCUUUUGUGAAGGACUGUGGCUCUGAUGAGAAAUGCUCUUGUGACCUGAAGCUAACUGUGAAAGCUGUUAAUCUGUCUAGCACAUCUUCAUUUCUCGUCACACCUGACAGAAGAAGGCUGUCCUUCGGCGUGACCGUAACGAACAUGAAGGAAAACGCCUACAACACGAGACUGACGGCGAACUUCUCCAGUAACCUGUUCUACGCCUCCUUCAGCCCACCUAAAGACAAGACUGAGGUCAAAUGUAGCUCAAAAACAGCUUCACUCGACUGUAGAGUUGGAUACCCCACCCUGACGCCCGGACAGACUGUAACUUUUGAGGUCAGCUUUGACUUUAACUUGAAUCAAGUAGAGAAGCAGGCUGUAGUGAAGUUUGAGGUGCUGAGUGACAGCGAGGAGGAAGUGACCUCUGAUAACAGGAUCUCUCUGUCCAUCCCAGUCCAGUACGACUCUGAAAUCAUCCUCACGAGACACUUAAACAUGGAUUUUUGCGGCAUUGAUUCUGAGGAUCGAGUCAAACACACAGUCUCAGGUUUUGAUGACAUCGGCCCAGAAUUCAACAUAACGUUACGAGUUUCAACGGGAACCUUCCCGGUCACUCGGGCCGAUCUGAGCGUCUCGCUGCCCACCAGAACCAGCGCCGGGAACCCUUUACUAUACCUGACUUCAGUGCAAGCGGCGCCUGUGGUGAAUGUUCGGUGUGACAGCAGCGGUCUGAUUGAUCCUCUGAAGAUCAGAGAGAAAACACACACCGCCAGCUUCACUAAACAGAGCUUCAGAGGGACGGCAGAACUGGACUGUAGAGCAGCACACUGUGAAACCAUGACCUGUGUCCUGAAGGACCUGCAGAUGAAGACCAGCUACUUUGUGAACAUCACGGCCAGGCUCUGGAACGGCUCCUUUGCUCUCGCCGACUUUCAGAGCGUGUUAGUGACUGGAAGCUCUGAGAUAGAAACAUCUCGUCCGGAUCUCCUCGUGGUCACACACAGACAUCAGCAGAUAAAAAUUAGAGUGAGUAAAGAAGAAGCGAUCGGAGAUAUUCCUACGGGUAUAAUCGUAGGAAGCGUGAUUGGCGGCCUGCUCCUUUGGGCUCUAGCCACGCUGAUCCUAUGGAAGAUCGGCUUCUUCAAGAGGAAGCCACUGCCGCAGGGAGACGGACCGGAUCCGACCGAACAAGAGGGUCUGUGUGAGAACCAGGCCUGAGCGCCUGCCGCUGUCUGACAAUGACGUCACCUCCAAACGAACAGAUUAAUAACUGAUAUUCAGUUUACGCCCAGGAGGUCUGGCUCGUAAGAUUAAUACUGUAUUUUUAAGGGUUACUCCAAAAUGUUGUCAUUAUGUUUGGAGCAACCCUUUAAAGCGUCUCACAGCUGAUGUUGUUCACGAACGGCUCGCUCGUCUUCGGGCCUCAGGAGAAUGAACGAAUGCGUUGGUACUUGCACGAGGGCCGGGGUGUGUGUCUUUACACACAGAGGGGGCGGUGAACGUCUGAGCUUCCUGCUUCCUGCUCGUUCUGACUUGCUUCAGUUUGUACUUGGUCCUCAGUUAAAACAUGACAUGCAGUUCUGUACAUACUUCAUUUUAGGUGUUUUGUUGUUUCUGCUGUGUUUUUACAUUUACAGUGCUCAUGCACAAACCCCCAGUAUGAUGACACACACACACACACACACACACACACACACACACACACACACACACACACACACACACACACACACACACACACACACACACACACACACACACACACACAC